AGACAGGCGAUGAUGACGACGGCGAGCUCAAAACUCCGGCAACGGGGAGACGACGGAGGUUCGUACUUGGCCUGGUUGCUGAGGAGCGUCACGUUCACGUUGCCCAGGACCAAGUUCAGGAUACGAGGAAUGUCCUCCCGGGUCCAAACAAGCUUGCAGAGAUUUUGCACAGAGAAAAAGAACAUCAACGUCAUCAAGCAUGCCGUUCCUUCAAGCCGCUCGACGGCAUCCGUCGCGUUCGGCCCUGCUGGACGAUAAAGCAAAGAAGUGCGGAAGACGGGCUACGGUGUUCUCCGUCACCGGAGACGAAUACACCGGGGAGUGGCUCAACAACAAAAAACACGGGAGGGGAAUUCAGCUGUGGAAGAAGUCCGGGAGCAUUUACAACGGCGAGUGGAAGAUGGGAAAACGCGACGGAUUCGGCACCUACAGUGUGCUCGUACCCGACACAAAGACGUAUGCUAAGAAGUACUGCGGCGAAUGGAAAAACGGGAUGAAGCACGGUCACGGGACCUUCUUGUACCACCGUUGUUCGCUGUAUGAGGGCCAAUGGAGCGAGGACCAGCGUAGCGGUUGGGGAAGAAUGCUCUUUAAUGGCGGCGACACCUACGAGGGAGAUUGGACGAAGGAUAAGGAGCAUGGGCUUGGUAUCCGUCGCUAUGUGGUUCCUUUGCAUACGACUGGACGAGAGAGAGAACGGCGACGCACCGCCAGGGGUACUCGUACCACACUUGGCGAAGCAUCUCGUAAGGCUUACAGCUCGAGUCCGGAACAAAUUAAAUCACUUCACAUGAUUCCCUAUGAGAAAAGCGACUUCAACUUAGACCAACUUGAAAGUCAAGCGCCGGCUUGUGUUGCACUUGGGAGGUUUCACUGCACAUCCAAAGGUGAACGUCGCUACACCUUUCAAACUUGGACUCUCCGCCGUCUGUCCCAAGCAAACGGGAACUGGUACGAAGGCUCCUGGAGGGACGGCGAGAAAAACGGAAAGGGAAAGUUGUACUACUGCGACCGAGGGCACCUGUACGAGGGUCUGUGGGUGCGAGGGGAACCCAAAUGCGGUACCCUGGAGGACUUUGGCGGAGACCACGCGACGCAACCCGCAAAGUGUCCAAUUCCACAGGUGAAACUAACGGAUAUGGAGAUGGUCCUGCAAGAAGCCCACUUGGCCCACCUUAAUUGUUGACGGCUGAAGCAAAUUUUACCACACAAAAAAAAACAACAACUGCUUCAACUCCUUUGUAUGGCCUUUCAUAUAU